UUUUGGCCAACCCACAGCACGCACCACCACCACCAGAAGAAAAAACCAAGCGGAGGGAGGAGAGGAGAGGAGAGGAGAGGAGAGAAGAGAAGAGGGGGAGAGGAGAAAUAAAAAUAAAAGAGGAGGAGCGGAGAAGGGGAGGAGGAGAGGGGGAAGGUGAAGGCUGAGGCAGAGGAAGGAGGGGGGAAUAAUUCCGCGGAGGUGUGCGGGAUCUCGGCGGGUUCGACCGCGGAGGAGCCUGCCCGGCGGCGAUCUGAGGGCGAUCGGAGGCGGGCGCGCGUCGCCGGCUGCGAGACUUGUGUUCGGGGACAAACCAUGAACAGCGCAACCACCGGUUGUUAACUAAGCAACCCCCUGUAAAUUACAAGCAACCGAAGCGAGGCGCAAGAAUGGUGUUCCAGAAGAGGUCGUCGUCAGAGAUGGAGUCGUGUGGCGGAAGCCAAGUCGCGGAGAUGCCGCGUGUCCCCAAGUCAGCGAAGGGCAAGAGAUCGAUCCGGAAGAAGGAGGCCCAGAGCCAGGGCCAGAUGAUGUGCGCAUUUGACCUUCUCGCGACGGUGGCCGGGAAGCUGCUUGAUGAGGGCGAGGGCUCGCUCGGGAACAUGAGCGCCGGCGCCCCGGCUUUGGCUGCGCGCGCCAAGGAUGUCCGCGUGAAGCAGGAGCAGUACGAUGACGAAGUGAAGCAUUUAAAGCACGAGGUGACGGAUCAGGAUAGCUGCAAUGAGAGUGCGAUACUCCCUCACAUUGCCCUUCAGCGGCCGGUGAACCAUGCUCGGAAUGAGAAUCCGAAGGCAAAGUCCGAGGCUCAGGACAAGGAAUCCUCUAUGAUCAGUUGUACCAAGGCUGCAUUGGGUUGCAACUUCGGGGCAAUUGCUGAUAGGUGGUCGACUGAAUCCGUGGAGUCAGGAGCCUUCACAGGGGAUGCAGUGGCAAGCGUGAUGCCGAUGGCCGCGGCGGGCUUUCAUAAGAUGGCACCUGACAUGUAUAAUUUGCUCGUCCCAAUGGAUGUGGACGUGAAGCCACCUCCUUUGGUCAGCUCUGACAGCACCGGCGAGAUGCCAUUGUAUGGCGAUAAAGUUCACCGCUCGAUCUCCUUUCCAAGGGGCCAGAAGGGAACGACGGGGUAUGCUGUAGAUAGAAAUGAUGACGACGAUAAGUCUUCCGGGUGCACUCAUCCAAGCAUCACCACUAACAGGGGUUUCCGGCCCAAUUGUAUAGUUGAGCAUAGUAGGGUAAAGAAGUUGCUCACUUGUAAGUACAGGAAAGUUGCUGCAUCCAGGUUGCACAGAGAUCUUUCGUAUAGUGAUGUCGAGCGGAAGCCUUCUUUCCGCAACAAGAAAAUGCAUUAUACACGACAAAGGACACAGAGGAGUACAUUUAAGCGGAGGAAGCUGUUUGAUUGUCAUUCAGUUAUAGCAUCUGAAGAAUUUGGAAGAACAAAUGGAAAGGGAAACGCAAAGGCUACCACAAGAGACUCCCAUGCUGCUUCUUUCAAAGCAAACAAGGGAACGAAUUCAAUGCCCUUCCAGAAAUCUUGUGAAUCAAAUGAUUGUCAUGUGAAACUUAGAAUUAAGUCUUUCAAGGUGCCUGAACUUCUUAUUGAAAUCCCAGAAACUGCAACGGUUGGCUUACUAAAGAAAACUGUUCUGGAGGCAAUGAAUGCCGUUCUUGGAGGUGGUCUACGCGUUGGUGUUCUUCACCAUGGAAAGAAAAUCAGAGAUGAUAGUAAAACAUUAAUGCAGGCUGGGAUUGGUCAUGAUGAUAUGCUGGACAACCUUGGCUUUUCACUUGAACCCAACUGUACACAAAAUCCGUUGCAAGUCCCAGCUCCUGAAGAUACCAGUUUCCUGGAAACUAUUGAUACCACUGAACCUCUAGCAAGGAUUGCUCCUGCUGACUCGUCUUCCAAGCAUGGUGAAGUUGAUGCUUCCCAGGAGCUUGAAUUGACUCCCUUAGCAGCAAACUACCAGGGGAGUGAUCACGAUUCUGUGCACUCCCCUGGUGGUAUUUCAUCGCCUGAUAAUGUAUCCACAAACUUGCGGGCUAUAGUUCCAGUUCCACCUGCAGAUCCCAAUGCAGGGGCUGUAGUUCCUGCAAAUAAGUCAAAGAGGUCACCAGAGCAGGGGCAACGCCGAAUCAGGCGUCCAUUCUCUGUUACUGAAGUAGAAGCACUUGUGCUUGCAGUCGAAAAGCUUGGAACCGGAAGGUGGCGAGAUGUUAAACUCCGUGCCUUCGACAACGCGAAGCACCGGACAUACGUUGAUCUUAAGGACAAGUGGAAGACGCUGGUGCACACGGCGAGCAUCUCGCCGCAGCAGCGGCGUGGCGAGCCAGUGCCACAGGAGCUGCUCGACCGGGUCCUGGCAGCCCAGGCCUACUGGUCCCAGCAGCAAGCCAAGCUCCAGCCUAAGACGCCCCCGCUGGCUGAGGCUUGCGUGCUCACCUAAUAAUCUGAUCUGCACUAAUGGUUUCUUCGGAAACCGUUGCAGCCUUUGUAUAAAGUCAGUAAGUCAGUCAGUCCCUUCACAGGAGGUCAAGGAAGAUAUUAGAAAAUACAUAUAUAAGGUACAAGAAGCAUUGACCGAUUUGUUGUAAUAUCUACUCACCAAUUAUUCUUUAAGCCAGGAUUCUCUCUCCUUGUGAAUUUAACCGAAGGAAAGGGUGUUUCUUUGGCAAAUUGUACAUGAUGAUGAUGAUGGAAGAAGAUGAUGAUCCAUGAACUGAGAACUGCAGUGUCUACUAAUAACUCACAUUUUUUUAUAAAUUGUGGUUAACAAGUGCCUAAGUUCUGAAGAAGUCGCCUCCUGGGAAGCCGGGAUUCCAUAAAUUGUGGUUGACAGGAGCUCGACAAGGGUAGCUUCGCCAUUGUAGUUCAUUUCAGGCUUCGGAGCUUAAGGUCUGGUGAAGAACCCGGCUUCAGAGCCCGGGCAAACUGACAACUAAAGCUUCAGAUUCUUUGGUUCAAUUCAGUUCAUUCUUUUGUUAGAGGAGAGUGAUAGAUGGAGCAGUAGUGGACGCAGGUGCUGCUUUUCUUGCUCCACCUUAUUUCCCUCCUCUUUUUCAUGGGGAAAAAAAAUCUAGGGGGCUCCAAGAGUACAGCAGCCGAAAGGAGGGAUGGAUAUUUGCUUCUCUUUUCCAUUUUUUUCUAUUACCUUAGCUGUACUAUGUUCUUUCACCAAUCUUGUAGUUAUCUCGGUUCCCUCAAAUUUGUAAUUGAACAAAUUAACAAUAUGAAAAGGAAUUUUUUACGCCA